AUGGACACAAAGUCUGUUGGUAUGGGAAAUAUAGACUACUCUUGUCCAGCCAAUGGUGACUGUGAAAUAACAAAGCGACGGAGGAAAGCAUGUCAGGCUUGCCGCUUCCAAAAAUGUCUUUUUGUCGGAAUGCUCAGGGAAGGUGUGAGGUUAGACAGGGUUAGAGGAGGUAGACAAAAGUACAAGAGAUCUCCAGAUUCAUAUCCAUAUGUGCAACAAAUAUUCCCCAUUGUAAAGAAACAAUGUCUUGACAGUUCAUAUAGUGCUAAAGGUUAUGUUUCAGUGGCCGACAACAAAACUCUACAACAGUUGAUACGUAUAGAAGGCCAGCUAGAGAAGUUGUACGCUCGUCCUGACCCCAGUAUGAAGGAUGACGAACACAAGUUCCUCACAAUACUCUCAGAUCUGGCUGACAGGGAGCUAGUUAUCACUAUCAGCUGGGCUAAACAAGUACCAGGUUUCUCUAGUUUAAGUUUAUCAGAUCAAAUGAAUCUCCUGCAACAUUCAUGGCUGGAAAUUAACCUCCUCAACCUUGUCUAUAGAUCAUCACCAUAUCAUGGAGUUCUCAGGAUAGCUGAGGAUUUCAAGCUUACAACAGAACAGGCAGAGAAAUAUGGCUGCUCCAAGGAACUGGACACUUUAACAAGAAAAAUGUGCAAAAAGUUCACCAGCAUGAAUAUUACCAAAGAUGAAUACCUUUUGCUGAAGAGUAUUAUCCUCUUUAAUAUAGACGUAGUUACAGAGAGAAGUGAUGCUGGCAAAUCUUUGCAAGAAAAAUUGCACGAGGCCCUCACAGACUAUGUCAAAUCACGCAGUAACGGAGGACUGAAACGUGUCGGACAGCUGUAUUUACUCCUGCCUGCCAUGACUCAUCUAAAAUUGCUCGCCAAACAGUACUGGUUUGAUGUGAAGAAGAGCGGAAAAAUCAUGAUGCAUAAACUCUUCCUGGAAAUGCUUGAAGCCGAUAGCUGAUAGAGCAUUAUCAUCUAGUGCUGUUGGAAAUUCAUGUUUCAUGUUCAUUGUUGCAUGUCAUCUUGUUAAUGAGAUCGGCACUUCACUUGUACGAGAUCACAACAAUACUGGGAAGGAUCUCACUCAUUACACAAUCAUCAACACAAAACUGUCGCUAGGACACUAAACCUGAGGGAGAUUAGGAUUGUGUGUAUAAUUUAGCUAAAUGUAGUAAUUCCAUUGACCUCGGCUCCCUCUGGUGGCGACGAAACUUACAUUGCUUUCCAUAGAAACUACAAGAAUACAGUCUUAUAGUGUGAUACAUGAGUUCUCAUCAAGGAAUUUUACUAGAGUAGUGUGAUAUAUUUUCAUCAAGGACAAUAUUCAUCAUAUCAUUGUUUCACAGAACCAAAGAUUGCAGGAGUUUUUAUAUGUUUAAAGAUAUCCCGUUUUCUGCUUAAGCCAUCUAUUUUAUUUGUAUCUAGAUAUACCCUACCUAUUUUCCCUUUUAGAAAUUAUUAUGUGCUUUUUAAAUUUCUGAUUCAGAAACUGAUCUAUAUUCCAAUUAUAAUGUUUGUUAAGCCUUUAUUAUUUUAGUUGAUAUUAUGAACCUGAAGUAACUUUGAAAAAGUAAAACACAUGAAGUCUGAAGUUCUUAUUUAACUGGUAAAAAAUUGACUUAAAAAAUAUUUUUUAAUCUUGUUUUACUGGGGGUCAGCCAGUAUUUUGAAAAAGCAAGUCUUAUAUUAGCAAUUCUUCUAGGUAUAUAUCCAUAUUUUUAUUUUUACUGAGGAAUGUUCAUAAGGAACAAACUUACUAGAAAAAUUCUGGUUCCCACACCCCAGUGGUGAAACAAUGUUCACUUUCAAAAAGAGACUGAUAUGAUAUUUCAAUUAAAAUUAAUUAUAACAGGGUAAAUCUAAAUAUUUUUCUGAUAAUUGUUUUUAUUUCUUCACUGUAAAAAGAAGCCAUGUCUAGCUCUAAUGAUGCAGCUACACCUUUCGGGUGUAAACAUUUGUAAUAUAAAAUUUUAGUCAAAUUUACUAUAUAUAUUUAUUUAAUUCAUAAAGAAAAGGCAAACAAGACUGAACAUUGUUUUUUUUAAAAAGUAUAAUUAGGAGUGAACAUAAUAAUAGUUGUAGUCAAUAAAAUAAAAACAGUUGAAAAAAAGCAGUUUAAAACAACAACAACAACAGCAACAACAACAACAACAAACUGAGAAAUGAAAUAAAGAACAGAGUAAAAUAUUUAGGUAAACUUUAUUCACUCUAACAUUACAGUUUAGCUUGGCUUAUACGGUUUGUGGUGAAAUAAAAAAAAAUAUUUUAACCAUUUGAUGAGUACCUUUUAAUUUUGAAGAAAAAUUUUAUGAUAAUAUAUUAAGAAAUAUUUGCUCUAUUUUAAAAAAAGAUGGUAUGCUCCUUUCUCAGAGUCUUUUAAAGAUAUUUGAUAUGAACAAGAUUCAUCUGAAAUUUGUUUAUGUGCUUGAUGACUAGUCAGAACUUUAAAUUAUGAUAAAAUUGUUAAGUUUUUGUAAUCUAUGCAAUUAUUUCCUUAUAAAUUUAGAUAAGUUGUGAAAUAUUCUAAUUUUAGCUCAAAAUACGUUAACAGAAAGUGAAAGUUCUAGAUGUAUCCUAUCACAGGGCAAUACAAAUAUAAAAAAAAGAACUGUUGAUUUAAUACUGAAACAUAACAUGGUAGGCUAUUAACUGAUGAUUGAUACUUGCAUAUGAAAUACUGAAAUUAUAGGGGUUUGUUAUUUUUUUCCUGACAGGAAUUAUUAUCUCUAUUGAUUUUGGCUUUUGCAGUUCAAUAUACAAUUGUAUAUAUAAUGGACCACAUUAUUUAAAGUUUUACAGUAAAAUUGGCAUGGUUGACUGUGAUGUGAGAGCUCUUCAAUUAAAACUCAAUAAAAAUCAAUUAAUAUACAUUUAUAAAAUUACAAUAAAUUUGUUUAUGAUUUUGAUAUUUUUUUUUCUCUUGGUUAUUGGUAUUUCAACUUCAUGCACAUGUUAACCUCACUUUUUAAAAACAUUUCAAGAAAAUGUACAGCAUCAAAUAAGGUAAUUUAUAUGUUUUUAAGGUUGAAGAAAAGAAGAUUUUUUUUCUGUUUUGUUAUUUUUAUUUGAAGAAGUCUUAUUUCUCAGGAAAUUUGCAUACAUUUCAUUUAAUUGAGCUUUUCAGGCUCAUGUUAUAAAAUUAUUUAGUUUAAUGUUUUAAAAUGCAUGGUAAAAUUCUGUUUAUUGUUCAUGAAGAAGAAAAAAUUGGUCUAGAUACUUUUAAUGAAAGGGGAAUAACCAUGAAAAAAUAUGAGAAAAUGUAAAAGCAAGAGUUAUAAAUCUUUGAGACUGGUAACAUAAAAUAUGUUAACAUAAUUUACUUAGCUAUGUUUUGUAAAACCAAUAAAAAGAUGGGUUUUUUUAAUAAUCUAUUGAGAUAAUAAACUUAGAAAUAAUUCUAUAAUUAGAACAUUUUCUUCAUGACACUACCAGAAUAUUGAGGCAUGUUGUCUACAAACAUAUAUUACAGUUGUACAUAGUAUUGUCAACACAGAAUUUUCCCAUUUAGUUUAUACCUCGUCCAAAAAAAAAAAAUUAUGUAUUGUAUAUAUUAUAUAUAAGUAUGGAUGAAAGCUAACAAGGGACGUAAAUGUUGGGAAAUGGUAUGUAACUUGUGCAUAUAAAGCAAGAUACAGAAAUUAAAAAUAUGAUUGAAAAAUGCCAAAAAAAAAAGACAAAAAAUACAUAUAAAAAUAAUAUAAAAAAAAAAAAAAAAGAAAAAAAAAAAAUUAAAAAAAAAAAAAGACAAAAAAAGAAAUAAAAUGGUUUGAAAAAAAUAGCAGGACUCAUGGUUGCCUAAUGCUUUCUUUUUAUUUUUGUUAAUUAAAUUGUAUUUUAUUAACAAUAAUUUAGGUGUUGAAUUCCAUUUAGUGGAUUUUUUUUAAAUAUAAUAGAUUUAUGACAAAACAAAAAAAAAAAUGUUAACAUCUUUACUUGGCUUGAUAUUUUCAGCUUUAGAGAAAAACAAAGAAAAAACAUUUUGCAACCUAGGUUUUGUACUUGUUCAUAUAAAAAUAUUACAAAAAUAUAUGUAAAAAAUACAAAAAAACGGAUAAAAAUAAAAAUCACAAAAAAAAUAAAAAAGCUAUAAAAAAAGAUAAAAAAAAUAUACAAAAUGUUUUAAAAAAAAUACAAAAAAAAAUUUGAGAAACUAGAUCCAACCUCAACAAAAAUAUGAAUAUAUAUUUGCUAUAAAAAUUGUAAAAAAAAAAAAUGGGAAAAAAAGAUAUUCGGACAGGUGGUCAUAAUGUGUAUUUUGUAAUCCAGUUCAUUCCCUCUAUCCAAGACAAAACGGUGUGAUAUAGAUGUUCAUGUGUGUUUACUUCCUUCAUUUGUAUUAACCCAUGUCAUUUCCUGUCGUCGACUCUAAGUUGCGUCACAAGAUGUUUUUUUUUACAUUUUAUAUUUUCUCAUUACAAAUUAUUGAUUUUUUUUUUUUCAAAAAAAAGCAUCAUGUUAUAUAAGAAAUGUGCAUGUAUUUAUUGAAACUUGUGUUACAUUACUGUAUAAAUAGUUAGACUUGCAUUUAUUUACAUAGAAAAUAUUGAAUAACGGUGCAUGUUGUAAAUAAUUUCUGAUUUUGAUUUUUUUUUUUGUUAAUAUUUUUUUUGAAACACAAGUUGUUGUUUCUAGGGGUUUUUUUUAGAGUCUUUUCUUUUAAGGGACUUUAGAUUAGUCUGCGAUUGUUAGUAGAUGAGAUGUUUAGUUUAUGUUUAGUGAUAUAGAGUAUUCAGGUCACAUGUUUCCCUACAUAUUAUUAUACAUGUGUUACUUUAUGUAGCCUACAUAAGCUGUCAAUAAAAAGAAGGAAAAAAAUCAACAACAUUUUUGUUGCCAUGGAGACCACUGAGAUUUGAAAUUUUCUCUCUUUUUUUUGGUUAAGAAUCAUAACUUAAGAGGGUAAAAAAAUUUGAUUGUAGAUGCUGAAAUUUCUGCUUGCAAAUUUAUAAGUGGCUCUAUAUAUUUGUCUUUCUGUAUUGAAACAUUAUAAUUUAUAAGAUGACACUUUUGGUGCUUGACAAUUAUAGAAUUAUGUCAAAUUAGUGUGUUUAGCAAUUUAGCAGAUUUAUCACAUUUUACUAUUGUUAUAAAUAACCCUUAACCUACUGGAUCCAAAAUGAUAAGCCUUUGCCAUCAGCAUAAGGUCAGGCCAGCCAGCACAUAUUAGCAGUCUGGUCAGGCUUUGUUAUGAUGGUUUCAUCUAAUUUAAAUCUUUUCAUCUUGAUACUCCUAAAAUUGAUAAUGGAUUGUUCUAAUAUAUGGGAGCUGGAAGAGUCCAUUUUAGAAAUCCAGUAGGUUACGGGUUGUAUGCUAUGUUGACUACAUAUGUAAUACUGUCUCUCCUGUCCUUGACCUUGCUGUGAUAUAAAAAAUUAUGUUGUGUUCACACAAAAAUAUGACUCAAACAUUUGUAUUGUUAUAUUUCAUCAUGGUUAAAAUUCUCAUACUGAUGUUCAAAUUAUAAUGAUUAUAUUUGUGCCAAGAUUCAUCUCAUUGUUUUUUUUUUUCAGCAGACAAAUGGAGCUAUCAAAGCUAGAUGCAUUUAUUGUUAAAACCUGCUACACUUGACGGUUUUCAAGCUUAACAAUUAACAAAAACAAUAUUUUUCAAAAACUUUAACAAUUUUAUAAUGUCAAAAAUUUACAGCCAACUAGUUGCUGUGUUUUUAUUAAGCUGAUAUAUAAGCCUGUUAUCCAGUUUUAUUGAAGGAAACUCAAUAAAAGAAACGAAAUGGAAAAUGAAGCCAUUUUGCUGGCUUGAUGUACAACUAUUAUAUCUUGUAUGAUGAAUACGAGUUAGAAUAGUUUGGCUUUAAGCUUCCAUCUCACAUGGCAGAGGUAACGUCUCUGGCUAGAUUUUGUUGCUAGUUAAUAUUCAUAUGUUGUUUGAGUUAUAUAUGUGUGUGUAUCAUGCAACAUUAUACAUGUAUAGUGGUGAACAAAUAAUGUACCUUGCCAUAAUUACUGUCGGUUUACCUAUCUCAGCUUAGAUCUCAUCUCACAUAUUUUAAUACUUACAAAAAAUUUGGGCCACUUUUUCGAUAAUUGUUAAUCGUUUAUUCAUGUAUUGAAAUUAUCCUUUGAAAUUGUACUCACUUUUUUCUCAUUUUCUUUACAUAUAAGAUAAUUAUGAUAUAAAAAAAAUUUUUUUUUUUAAUUAGAAAUUUGCCGUAGAUUUAUUUUUAAGUCAUGGAAGAUAUUAUGAUAUAUUAGAUAAUACUUUGAUAAAAAAAGAGAAUUGUUUACCUAGUGAUAGUUAAUCUUGAUUAGUGAAUAAGUAUUGAAACUGCAAAGGUUUCAGAUCAAUAAAGAUGUGCUGUUUAUUGUGUAAUGCGAUUAUGUUAGACAUAUCACUGUGUAGUUUUUGUUAUAAAGUACUUGUGAUCAAUUAAAUAGUGCUAUAUUUUCCAAAUUUUGAUAUUCUUCUCCCAUUGGAUUUAUUGGUUAUAGGUUCUUUACCCAGUACCUAUUUUAUGUUGAUAUAAUGAACAGGGUCAUUCGGAGAUUCUGUAUCUCUUGAACUAAACAUGUAGUGUUAUUUUCAAUCAUGCAAUGGUAUCAAAGAAAAUGAUAUUUUUUUGAGAAAAAGAAUUGAAAGAAAUAUACUUUAUUUACUCAAUUUGUCGCUUAAGUAGAAUCAUAUCUAUUUGAGUUAUUAUAAAAUCACUGUUUUUGUUUUCGUUGUCUUUAUAUAAUGGUCAAUAAUAGCAUCAUCACUAUGUUAAUAGGCAGCAAUAUUACAUCAGUUUGAAAUCUACAGUCUUCUUUAUUUGCCAUAUGGUGUAGUAACUAAUCAUUCCUAAUAUACCCCUAUCCCCAUUCCAGGACACAUCCUCCCCUUGUAUCAGGUUUAAUAUUAUCAAUCCAUACAGUUUUUACACCAGUCUGUCAUCUCUGUCAUGUAAUUGGCUGAAUAUUCAAAUUCAGGAAUUUGAAAUCAACCAAUGAAAGAUAUGGACUGGUUUAAUAGUUGUAUUUUUUUAAUGUUAUGCCGAAAAGUUCACCUCCAUUCCAGAAAGUAGAAUAUCCUCAUUGUUGAACUUGACCCUAGUUUUUACACUUGCUAUGUGAUCACAUUUAGAUAGGCUCAACAUUCUUUUGUUUUACUGAUCUUGUUUCACUAUAACAUAUGUUUUGCAUUUAGUGUUUUUUAUUAAUUCAUGUAUCUUUUUUCAGUUUAAACCAUAUCAUUUUUGUCCUUUUUUUUAAUGAUAGUAAUAAGAGAAAAUAGAAUUGCCACAAUCUUAGUAUUAUACACACUUCCUCAAAAUUAUACGGUACUUGUUAAUUUAGCAGUAUGAGCCAACCUAAAAAUCAUCACCUCAUGUAAAAGCAACUGGUUUUUAUUGUCAGGCAUGUUAUCAAAUUAUUGUCAGACAUAUUAAUAGAUUAUUGUCGAGAAUUCAAAAUGAAAUGAUAUACCUAAAAAUAUAAUUACAUUACAAAAUAACUUGAUUGUAUUGGAUUUUAUUUGAUGUUAAAUGCCAAAUAAUUUAUUACUGAUUUACUGUUUACUGGUGCUAUAGAACAUAUGCAUAUUAUAUUUCCCACCAGAGAAGAAUAAAUUAAAGCAGUAAACAGGGUUCAAAAUUUUCAACCAGUAUUAAGCUGUUAUACAUACAUAUUGUAAGGAAACAAAAUGAAUCGUACAUGUUAAUGAAGAAAAACAGAUUAUGUGAGAAAAGAAUGAUAGAAUAUAUAAUAAUUUUUACAAUUUGAUUUAAUAUUGAACAAUUGUAUUUAAGUUAAUAGAUUAAUAACAACUGAAUUACAAGUUGUCUUGUUAAUGAUAUUUCUUGUUAUUUUGUCCGUCAUUUUGUUACAUUUAAUAUAUAUAUGUUCUUGAUUUUUAUAACAACUUUGUUUCUUAUAAUCUGUCUUAUUAUACAUACAUGUAAGCAGAGUUUAUUUCCAAACAAAUAGUUUUAUCAAACAAACCUCCCAACAAACAUAGGAACAGAUUUUAUUCCCCUUUAGCUAACCUACCCUACCAAUGAUUCAAUAUGAGCUAGAAUUGGCUGGGUUUAAAAUUUACUAAUAUAACUUUUUUUUAGUGUUAACAAUGUAUUUUUGAAUACAUUCAAGUUUUACUACGAAAAUUCAUGUGGCUACCCCAAUGUGAUCUUAAAUAAAAGAAAAGAUUGUUACUAAGGAAAUUUGAACAAUUUUUUUGAGUAUUUAUAUCUUGUAUGUUAAAAGUUUACUGCACUUCACAUUAAAGUGUUUGUGUGUAUGUGUUAUGAAAAUAAUAUAUGAAUAUUUAAAUAUUGUACCAACAGUUACUGUAUGGAUUGUGUAGGGAAUUUUUGUUAUGUGAUAAUGAGAGAGCCAUAUAAAAUGUAUGUUUGUGGUUUUCCAACCAAAAUUAAACUUAACACUGAUUGAUUGCAAUAAAAAAAAAGUGACUGGUAAUUUAGGAAUGAAGAAGGUAGAAAAGUUUAUUUAACGUUAUAGUUUACUUCUGGA